CGCCACCGCCCGCCGGCCCGGGAGGAGGACCGGCCCCGAGCGACAGCCAGCGCACGCGAGCGGGCAUGGCCGCGCGGGCAGCGCCCUGACCCGUCCGAGCAGCGCAGCGCAGCGCCCGGGGAUGCCCCGGCGGCCCGGAGCGCGAACAGCGGCCGCCGCGUGGUGAGGGCAGCGGUGGCGCCCGCGGGACGCGCGACUGCCAGGAACUGUUACUGCCACCACCGACCCCAAUGGCCUACAUUCCAACCCCCCCAGCAGCAGGGGCUGCUCCCAUGGGCUCCCAGUACUGCGUGUGCAAGGUGGAGCUGUCAGUGAGUGGCCAGAAUCUGCUGGACCGGGAUGUCACCUCCAAGUCCGACCCCUUCUGUGUCCUCUUUACAGAGAACAACGGCAGGUGGAUGGAGUAUGACAGGACAGAAACAGCUGUCAACAACCUCAACCCUGCGUUCUCCAAGAAGUUCGUGCUUGACUACCACUUUGAGGAGGUACAGAAGCUGAAGUUCGCCCUAUUUGACCAGGACAAGUCCAGCAUGCAGCUGGAUGAGCACGACUUCCUGGGCCAGUUCUCCUGCAGCCUGGGCACAAUCGUCUCCAGCAAGAAGAUAACCCGGCCUCUGCUGCUGAUGAAUGACAAGCCUGCGGGGAAGGGCUUGAUUACGAUUGUUGCCCAGGAGCUAUCAGACAACCGGGUCAUCACGCUGAGCCUGGCGGGCAGGAAACUGGACAAGAAGGACCUCUUUGGGAAAUCGGACCCAUUUCUUGAGUUUUACAAACCAGGGGAUGAUGGCAAGUGGCUGCUGGUCCACAGGACUGAGGUGAUCAAGUACACUCUGGACCCUGUAUGGAAGCCAUUCACUGUCCCACUGGUAUCCCUGUGUGAUGGGGACAUGGAGAAGCCCAUCCAGGUCAUGUGCUAUGAUUAUGACAACGAUGGGGGUCAUGACUUCAUUGGCGAGUUCCAGACUUCGGUGUCACAGAUGUGUAAGGCUCGAGAUGGCGUCCCGCUGGAGUUGGAGUGUAUCAACCCCAAGAAGCAGAAGAAGAAAAAGAGCUACAGAAAUUCUGGCAUCAUCAUCCUGCGAUCCUGCAAGAUACACCGGGACUACUCCUUCCUGGACUACAUCCUGGGAGGCUGCCAGCUUAUGUUCACCGUUGGAAUAGACUUCACAGCCUCCAAUGGAAACCCCCUGGACCCUUCUUCCCUGCACUAUAUCAACCCCAUGGGCACCAAUGAAUAUCUGUCGGCCAUCUGGGCAGUGGGACAGAUCAUCCAGGACUAUGACAGUGACAAGAUGUUUCCAGCUCUGGGAUUUGGGGCCCAGUUGCCCCCAGACUGGAAGGUCUCCCAUGAGUUUGCCAUCAACUUCAACCCCACCAACCCUUUCUGCUCAGGAGUGGAUGGCAUCGCCCAGGCGUACUCAGCCUGCCUGCCCCACAUCCGCUUCUAUGGUCCCACCAAUUUCUCCCCCAUCGUCAACCAUGUAGCCCGGUUUGCAGCCCAGGCCACGCAGCAACAGACAGCCACGCAAUACUUCAUCCUCCUUAUCAUCACGGAUGGUGUCAUCAGUGACAUGGAGGAGACAAGGCACGCUGUGGUGCAGGCUUCCAAGCUACCCAUGUCCAUCAUCAUUGUGGGUGUGGGCAAUGCCGACUUUGCUGCCAUGGAGUUCCUGGACGGAGACAGCCGCAGGCUGCGCUCACACACAGGCGAGGAGGCAGCCCGCGAUAUUGUGCAGUUCGUGCCCUUCCGAGAGUUCCGCAACGUAAUUAGCUGCAGAAAGGAAUGUGUCCCUGGUGCAAACUGUGUUGUGGCCUCACCUAAUUGUUUUUUAUACUGUGACUGUGUUCUAUCUGUUACACUCAGGGUAAUAAAAGCUUCAGACAUCCCUGUGUCCGCCAGCUUCUUCCUCAGGCAGAACCUGAGGGCUCACUGAUUUGGAAAAGGUGAUGUAAUAGGAUAGACCCCUGUCCCCACCCAGCACAUCUGAGGAGUUGGUGUGAUCCUGUGUGGGGACUCUGUGAAGCUGGCAUGGGACACACAAGCCCACACCAUUCUCUGGGAGUCCCCACUCAGGCGUGGUCACCAUCUUAUGGUCCCCCUUCUUCCUCUGGGCCCACACUGUCCUAUUCUUCCUCACCGCCAGCUGGACAGCAGUUGCUUCCACCCACUUGCUCUUCCUCUAGGUCCCCUGAACAACAUGGUCUGCAGUAUUUGAAAGCCUCUUUGGCCUCAGAGCCCUAAAUAAGGCUGUGUCCCUGCUGUUUCUAUUGCAUCCCCCUUUCUGGGCACAGGCCCAGUUUCAUGAGAUCAAGUCCAAG